UUUCGAAAUGUGUUUGUGAAUUAUUGUUCAUUAUAGUGUUAUAAAAUUAGUGUAUUCAAGAUAAUUUUUUUAAAUAUGAUCUUUUAAGUAAUUAUUUUUACAUUUAUAUUGUGAAUUGGGUCAUUUAUUUUUACUUUUUAUAGUAUUUCAGUUUUAACCUUUUCCUUUAUUAGUGGUUUAAUUUUAUAUCUUGUGAAACACUUAUUCUAAAUCAAAUUUAUACUUUUAAAUUAUUAUGUAAAGCUGAUACUGUAUAUUCAUAUAGUUGUUGUUACAUAAUAACUAUGACAAAUUCUACAUUACUCCUGCCUCAAUAUCACAAGUACUUAAAUGGUGCACCAGUUCCAUUUAGUCGCCGAACUCGCAGAAAUAGUGAGCUGUGUUUAGUAGGUCUAGUGUUCAUUUCAUUAACAGUCAUAUGUUUUGGAGCAUUAUUCUAUUUACCCGAGUUCAAAGCUACUUACAGUGGGACUUUUAACAAUGUGUAUAAACAUAUUAAGAAAGCUGGGCCAGAACUUUUGCUACCUGUAAGAGGUAAUGCUCGGCAUGAUGGAGUGUUAGAAGAUCCACAUGUUGCAUGGGACAAAGAGGCCUUGUCAGCUAAAAUUGAAGAAUAUGAAACAGAUAAAAAAAAAGUUUUGGAAAGACCUGAUAUAGAUAUGACCUUAAAUUUAUACUCUGACAACUAUACUACAAACUCUGAAACAAGUAUUAAGCAUAUUGAAACAAGUGAUUAUGGGGAUGAAGAUUUAAAAAAAAAAAGAAAUACUGUUAAAGCUAUGAUGAAACAUGGAUGGGACAAUUAUGUUAAAUAUGCUUGGGGUAAAAAUGAAUUGAAACCUGUAUCAAAGCGUGAGCACUCUGGAAGUGUUUUUGGAUCAGCAAGUAUUGGUGCAACUAUAGUAGAUUCAUUAGAUACACUUCUUAUUAUGGGAUUAAAUGAUGAAUAUCAACAUGGUCGAGAUUGGGUUGCCAAUAAUUUUACUCUUGAAAAUUUGAAAGUAGACAUGUCAGUUUUUGAAACAAAUAUUCGUUAUAUUGGCGGUUUUUUGUCGUGCUAUGCUAUGACUGGUGACACUAUGUUUCGGGAUAAAGCUGAAUAUGUUGCAAAUAAAUUAUUACCCGCAUUUCAAACUCCAACUGGAAUACCUUAUUCUCUAGUUAAUUUAAAAACAGGAAAUAGCAAAAAUUAUUUUUGGGCAAGUGGUGGAAGUAGUAUACUUUCAGAAUUUGGAACAUUACACUUAGAAUUUCUUUAUUUAUCUGAUAUCACUGGAAAUAAUAUAUACAAAGAAAAAGUAGAGCGAAUUAGACAGUUUGUGAAGGGUUUAGAGAAACCUAAUGGGCUAUAUCCCAAUUUUUUAAAUCCUGUUACUGGAAAAUGGGGACAACGUCAUAUUUCAUUGGGAGGACUCGGUGAUAGUUUCUAUGAAUAUUUAUUGAAGGCAUAUAUUCAGUCUAAUGGAGAAGAUAUAAUUGCUCGUGAAAUGUUCGUUGAUGCCAUGGCAAGUGUAAUGGACAAUUUGGUACAAACAUCAGUAUCUGGGUUAAAAUAUCUAGCUGAUAUGAGGUUUGAACGUAUUGAACAUAAGAUGGAUCAUUUAUCCUGUUUUGCCGGAGGCAUGUUUGCCCUUGCUGGUGAAACCAUAAAUGUUGAUUCAUCUAGACGUUAUACAGAAAUUGGAGCUGGAUUAACUGAAACAUGCCAUGUUGCUUAUGAUAAAACUGCUACAAAAUUAGGGCCUGAAGCCUUUAGAUUUACUGAAAAUUAUGAAGCCAUUGCUGUACGUGGUACUGAAAAAUAUAACAUUCUUAGACCAGAAACGGUUGAAUCAUACUUUGUUUUAUGGAGACUAACACAUAACAAUAAGUAUCGAGAUUGGGCUUGGGAAGCUGUUCAAGCUUUUGAAAAACAUUGCAAGGUGUCUGGUGGGUAUUCUGGUAUUAAAGAUGUGUAUCAAAUAGAUUCUCUCAAAGAUGAUGUUCAACAGAGUUACUUUUUUGCAGAAACUCUAAAAUAUUUAUAUUUAAUAUUUAGUGAAGAUACCGUUAUACCAUUAGAUAAAUGGGUGUUUAAUUCAGAAGCCCAUCCAUUGCCAAUUAAAGAUCGCAAUACAAUGUAUAGACCUUUUAAAAAUUAAAAAAAAAUUCAAGAUUAGUUUGAUAUUUCAAUACAUUUCAAAUAUUGAUACCUAAAAUUAAUUUGAAAUACAAGUUGGCAUUUAAAAAACUGUUAUACUAAUUACAUUAUAUUUAAUUCUAUAGUGCAAUUAAUUUUGUAUUCUGAGAUAUUACUAUGCAUACAUAUGUAAUACAUGUACUAUAUGUUAUUUAAUAUUGUAAUGGUAAAUUUAACCAUUUAGUAGCAAAACUCUUCUCUAAUUGCAUAUGAUUAAUUUUCUGUGAUAAUAAAUUAAUUUUAUUCUUUAGCUUUUUCCGGUUCAAAUAAGGUUCUUUAGUGCCUUUGAUAUUGUUAAGUCAUUACCAAUUUUUUUUAUUUUUUUUUGGCAACUUAUUUUUAUAUUAAAUUGUUUUUUUUAUAUAUAUAAAAUUAAAAUAUUACAUUUUACUGUUUUUUUUUUUUAUCAUUUUUAGCAAAUUUUCAAAAUGUUUAAUGUAUUUUUAUUUAUAGUAAUAAUUGUCAUUAUUCCUCAGAGCUAAUAAAUUUUUUUGUUAACUUUUAACUGAAGAGUUAAAUUAAAUUAAAAUGGAAAUAUUUCAUUGAAAUAUAUUAGAUCUUUGAUGCUAUUGGUAUAUCAUUUAUAAAAUCAUCAUUUACUAGAAAAUUCAUCAAUUUAAAUUAUAACAUUUACUAGUUAUUAACAUUUUUUAGUGUAUUACAUUUAAGUAAUAAAACAUAAAUUUUCUUUUAAAAUAAAUGAUCAAUAAUGUAAUUUAAUUUUAAAUUUAUUUAUAUGCUCAUAUGGUUGAUAAUGUUACUGUUUUAUGUUUGAAUUAUAUCCUUGUUUUUAAUGGUUGUAGGAAAAUUAUUUAAUGUGUUUUUAUUUUGAUUAUUUGACUUCUACUACUUUUGUUACACAAUGGACAAAUUUGUAUAUAUUUUAUUUCAUAAACAUAGUGGGUGUUUUUGUAAUAACAUUAGUUGUGUAAUAUUAAAAAUAAAAACAUUUAAAUUCUAAAA